UUCCGAGCGACUGGUGAAGAUAAUGCGGCUUUUUCUUGCACAGCAAGUACGAGGUAAGAUCGAUAGCGGAGAAGCGAACGAAGUAUCCUUUUUCUCAAACAUUAGAGUGAAGGAGUUGUACUGUUACAAUAUGACAUAUAUACUAAGCGGGCGAAAACAACGGACUAUUGAAUGCCCUUGUUACCAGAACGCUGCUGCGAAGUGAAUUUACUUUCUGGUCGUAGUGAAUGCCAAUACAUUCACAAGUGGAUAUUACAGAAACAAAGUUUCUAGCCUGCUUACAGUGGACGCUGGUGUUAUUUGACCGCAUAUAUUACCCGAUAGCAUUCUGUUUCGUGUGCUGUUGUCAACAGAUAUGUAUUAUUCCAAUGAGAGAUGAAAUAGUGUUACACAAACGAGAGGUGACACAGUGUAACGAUAGGAUUUGGUCGCCAAUGGCUGGAAUGUUUUUUCUGAACUAGUCAUUUUAUGAUCCUUUAUAAACCCUCUUCAUUUUCUUAUAAAACAGGAAAGUUCGCAGGAAAACCUAAAUUUUUUAUCAAGGGUCCAAACAAACUUGUUGACGCGUUCGGACUCAGCCAGUGGGACGAUCUGUGGCAGUUGCGGCGAUCCCAUUGCUAGAGUGAAGGCUGUAAUGUGAAGACGACAGUGGUGCGAUCUUUCUACAUGCUCCACGAAUGACCGCUCAAAUGUCAGUGACCGGAAGCCGAUUAAUUGUUCUCAUGACCAUUAUUGGUCUGAGUUACAGUCUAGACUGCUACACAUGCGACUGGAACCAUCAGAAUGACACGAUGGAUGACGCCUGUCUGGGAGCUCCCUACCGAACCCCUUCCUUCGCCUGCCCGAAGGAAACUAUCUUCGGGAAGAUAGACAUGUGUCAGACUCACGCCGAAUUCGAGGUCAAGGACGGUGAGCUGAACUUGGUAACGCUCAAGCGUCACUGCGGUGUGAAACAUUCCAAAUGCAACAACGAAUGUUCCGACAAAAGCCCAGAUUGUUGGCUGUGCUGCAGGGACAACAACAACUGUAAUGGUUUCCCGUUGCGUGGCAACCUCGUUGUCGUCAGCUCGGGCUCGUCACGUGAUCUAUCUCAGGCGGCCAUUUUGAUUUUGACAACCAGUUGGUUGAAUGUUGUGCUUUGUUUCUCAGGUUAAGAUACAAAAAAACAGUGCAAUUCUCACAGGACAUUGAAGAUCAUCCCGGUUGUGUUUUUGUUUUCAUCAUGACAUAAUAAGUGUACAAUAUCAAUAUGUAGUUAUGUUUACCAUCGCUGUUUACUGUUCCUAGUUCGUAAUAUUGUCGAUAACGUCACAUUUCACGCGUGUGUGAACUUUGUAUAAAAUCAUUUGUCUUUCUCUGCAAUCUCAUUCCGUUUUAUUGUUAUACUCGUGUACGUUUAUUUCAAAUAUAAAAAUUCCGUUUAUAGCAAUUAUACAAAGGCGUUUUGUGCACAAAUCAAUUAGCAUGCUUUGAAAUAUGUUUGGAGUCAUAAAUUCAUGAUGCAAAACAUAACGAUCGUAUUCAUUUGCAGGACGUUUUAUAAAUUAGGAUUUGUGUUUUGUUAGUAUCGUCGUAAAAUCAUAGUUGAAUAAUAAAUUGUACAUAUAUUGA